UCAUGGCAAAACGAUGCUUAGAGCUAGAAAGAUAUGAGGUUGCUGCUGAGAAGUAUGUUGAUUUGUUAGGAAUGACUGUGGAUUCCAGUAUCCUGCAGUGUGAGGAUAUUCCCAACAGCAUGCCAGAUUUCAUUAUCAUAUACUGUGAGGCUGUAGCUGCUUUAUUGAUGGUGUACCGACAUGAAGAUGUCUGCCUUGUGGCUCAAGAACUAAUCUCAAAGUCAACAUCAUCAGACGAUAAUGGAAGAUUACUGAUAAUUAACCAGUUUUCUUCACCUUCAUUGUUGGUAUCAUUCAGCGAUGAAACACUGAAUGUUUCAAAAAAUACACUACUUGAUGAAACUUUUGAUGAACCCAUGGAAAGUACAUCUAGAAAGCGAUUACGAAGUGAUGACAAGGAAAUGCAUCGAUCUUGCCAAAGUUCUGAUGAGGAGAAACUACUGCAUGUUGCCAUAGUUUUAAUGAUGCAGGCCGAGUCAUUGGUGGAAAUGAAUCAAAGCAGUGAUGCCUUGGAAUGCUUAGAUCAUGUCUGUCAGCUGUUGGGAGACGUGAUGCCAAUUAUAGAAGAACAACUUGAUGAUGGUGUGGGGAUAAAAAGAAGAAGAAUUAACACAGACGGAGAGCUAGCUACUACCCGUACUAAUGAUAAUAAGAUACAUAACAGACUAUUAGAAAUCAAAUCUGAUGCUUAUAACAAUAAAGCCAUGGUUUUAAUUGGUCUUAAUAAAGGACAUGAAGCACUCCAGAUGCUGUUAUUGAGUAUUCACUGUAAUGCAGAUAACAGUAAUGCUGUUUACAAUCACACAUUAAUUUUAUUUGACAUGAAACGUCAAAUAGAGGCUGUCAACAACUGGUUACAAUAUCGGCAUAUCGAUAGUAAAAUGGACAGUUUGCAAAUCAGCCAUUUACUCCGCAAGAAAUCGACAUUUCUGAGGACACAAAAUGAGCAGACAGAUGAAUACCAACUUGUAAAGAUGGACCAAAUAUGUCUUGAAUGGUGGAUGAAAUCUAAACAUCAAGUACACACCAUUGUUUAACACUAAUUAUAUUAUUGUAAUCUUGCUUUUAAAACAUGGAUAGGCUUUGUUGUCUGUUUUACUGAGAAACUGAUUGAAAGUCAUUUGUGAUAUAUAUUUUUUUUAUUGAAAGGAACGAUCCAAUAAUUGAAUUAUAGUUUCCUGUCACAUGAUAAAAUAAUAGCAUGUUAAUUCUGUAAAUUGCUUUCUGGUUAAGUGCGUUCGAAAGAUCUAAGAAAUGCUGAUUCGCCGUAGAGCUUUGUCGGCGCUUUCUCGUCACAUGUAAUUUAUGAAAAGGUCCAUAUAACAUAAGAUACCG